AUGCCUCACUCCCUAUCAUCUUCACCCAAGUCCAUACCAGCAGAUGGUCGGAAUGGCAUCACCAAGUUUACCAACUGUCGCAUCUUGAAGGGUACCGAGUUGGUUGAUAAGGAUCUCUGGGUUAAUUCAGUCACUGGGAAAAUCAUCAGGAGCCAAGCUGCAUUUUACGAUAAUUUUAUACUCCCCGAUGAGGUUAUCAAUCUCGGCGGACGCAUCCUAUCGCCGGGUCUCAUUGAGUGUCAACUGAAUGGAGCCUUUGGCUUCAACUUUUCUACAUUACUUGAGCCUGCCGUGUAUGCCAAGAAAGUCAAGGAAUUAAACAAGCAACUGGUCAAAACUGGCGUUACAGCGUAUGUACCUACCAUCACAAGUCAGCGAAGCGAGCUCUACAAACGAACAUUGCCACAUCUAGCCCCCUCUGGAUACUUGCAGAUCGCAGAAGAUGGCGCCGAAUCACUAGGUGCACACUGCGAAGGACCGUUCCUAAGCCCGACCAAGAACGGAGUUCACAACGUGGAUGUGCUACGGGAAGCCGAAAGCUUUGCUGACUUGGUGGACUGCUAUGGUGCGUCAAACCUCAGCUCUGACAGCACACUUUACCCCACGCCAAUAAAGAUGAUCACUGCUGCGCCGGAAUGUGGCCAAAUGACGAAGCUCAUUCCAGAAAUUACGAGCCGGGGUAUUAUUUACUCGAUAGGACAUUCCGAAGCAACAUAUGAAGAGGCGUCAGCGGCCGUUGGAGCAGGCGCAACGAUGAUCACACACCUCUUCAACGCCAUGAGACCGCUGCACCAUCGAAACCCCGGCAUCUUUGGUGUUCUAGGCAUGGCAGAAAGUUUGCCUCGCCCUUAUUUCGGCAUCAUCGCGGACGGAGAGCACCUGCAUCCCACAACAAUCAAGAUAGCCUUUAACGCACAUCCCGAUGGCUUCAUUCUCGUCACGGAUUCUAUGCACCUAGUAGGCCUGCCAGACGGCGCUUACCAAUGGACCAACGGCGAAGACACGAGCCACAUUCUAAAAAAGGGCAACAAGCUGAUCUUGGAGGGCACCGACAGAAUUGCUGGAAGCUCAAUAACGCUCAUCGAAUGCGUGUCUAACUUCCUCAAUUGGUCUGGCGCCAGUGUACCGCAGGCCUUGAAAGCCGUCACGUCCACGCCAGCUGCAAUGCUAGGAUUGCAGGGCAUUAAGGGCUGUCUUGAUGAUGGCGCUGAUGCGGAUUUGGUUGUUCUAUCAGAGAAGCGCAGCGCGAAUGGUGUCGAACUCGUCGUCGAUGAGGUGUGGAAGUUUGGAACCAAGGUGUUCAACCGCUGA